AUGAGGUAGACAUGAGUCUUUGGGGGGCAAGGGGUGGAAUGGUGCAUUUUACUCUAAAAUGCCCCUGACAUGUCUCAUGUAUUUUGAAGUUGAUGGAUGCAGGGGCAAUGUACUCAGUCGCUAUUUCUCUGUUUCGUCUCCAAGGCUACUGAAGAUAGGGUCAGGAACGGACUCUGGUUUUCAGCCUGGAUCAGGCUCCAUGGAGCACCCACACUGUGCCCACUGGGAUCCCGGCCAGCCCAUCCUCAGGCUGAGGAUUCCAGGGCCACGUUUUGGAACCAUGUCAAUUCCCAACCUUCUGCCCCAGCAGCUUUGCUCAUGGAUCCCACAGACCCAAAGGGACCUCGCCAAGUCUGUCCUCAUCGGUGCCCCAGGAGGGCCAGCAGGGUACCUGCGGCGCGCCAGUGUGGCCCAGCUGACCCAGGAGCUGGGCACCACCUUCUUCCAGCAGCAGCAGCUGCCAGCAGCCAUGGCUGACACCUUCCUGGAACACCUCUGCCUGCUUGACAUCGACUCAGAGCCAGUGGCCGCUCGCAGCACCAGCAUCAUUGCCACCAUCGGGCCGGCAUCUCGAUCCGUCGAGCGCCUCAAGGAGAUGAUCAAGGCCGGGAUGGACAUCGCUCGACUCAAUUUCUCCCACGGAUCCCACGAGUACCACGCCGCGUCCAUCGCUAACAUCCGGGAGGCAGCAGAGAGCUUCGCGAGCUCCCCGCUCAUCUACAGGCCCGUGGGUAUCGCUUUGGACACCAAGGGGCCCGAGAUCCGCACUGGGAUCCUGCGAGGGGGCCCGGAGUCGGAAGUGGAGAUUGUGAAGGGCGCCCGGGUGCUGGUUACUGUGGACUCGGCCUUCCGGACUCGGGGGGACGCGGACACCGUGUGGGUGGACUACUCCAACAUCGCCCGGGUCGUGCCGGUGGGGGGCCGCAUCUACAUCGACGACGGCCUCAUCUGCCUUGUGGUCCGGAAAAUCGGCCCCGAGGGGCUGCUGACCGAGGUGGAGAGCGGCGGCGUCCUAGGCAGCAGGAAGGGCGUGAACCUGCCCGGCGCCGAGGUGGACCUCCCUAGCCUGUCCGAGCAAGAUGCCAAGGACCUGCGCUUCGGGGUGGAGCAUGGGGUGGACAUCAUCUUCGCCUCCUUCGUGCGGAAAGCCAGCGACGUGGCUGCUGUGCGGGCGGCCCUGGGGCCGGAAGGACAGGGCAUCAAAAUCAUCAGCAAAAUCGAGAAUCAUGAAGGCGUGAAGAAGUUUGAUGAAAUCCUGGAGGUGAGCGAUGGCAUCAUGGUGGCACGAGGUGAUCUGGGCAUCGAGAUCCCGGCCGAGAAGGUUUUCCUGGCUCAGAAGAUGAUGAUUGGGCGCUGCAACUUGGCGGGCAAGCCCGUGGUCUGUGCCACACAGAUGCUGGAGAGCAUGAUCACCAAGCCCCGGCCAACUCGGGCAGAGACCAGCGACGUGGCCAACGCCGUGCUGGACGGGGCUGACUGCAUCAUGUUGUCAGGGGAGACCGCCAAGGGCAACUUCCCGGUGGAGGCCGUGAAGAUGCAGCACGCGAUUGCUCGGGAGGCAGAGGCCGCAGUGUACCACCGGCAGCUGUUUGAGGAGCUACGCCGGGCAGCACCACUGAGCCGUGACCCCACUGAGGUCACCGCCAUCGGCGCUGUGGAGGCUGCCUUCAAGUGCUGCGCUGCUGCCAUCAUCGUGCUGACCACCUCUGGCCGCUCAGCCCAGCUUCUGUCUCGGUACCGCCCUCGUGCAGCGGUCAUCGCUGUCACCCGCUCUGCCCAGGCUGCUCGCCAGAUCCACCUGUGCCGGGGAGUCUUCCCCGUGCUCUACCGUGAGGUUCCGGAGGCCAUCUGGGCAGAUGAUGUGGAUCGCCGGGUCCAGUUUGGCAUCGAAAGCGGGGCUGACUGUCCUCCACCCUCCCCCAGGAAAGCUUCGUGGCUUCCUCAGCGCAGGGGAUCUGGUGAUUGUGGUGACGGGCUGGCGGCCUGGCUCUGGCUACACCAACAUCAUGCGGGUGCUGAGCAUCUCCUGAGCACGCGGCACCCCCAGGUCCCUCCCUCCCCACUCGGCUCCCUGCUGUCUCCACUCCCACGUUCCCUGUUUGAGGCCACAUCUGCCAUGGAGCCCCACUCUAGGGUGCCUCUCCUCCUCUCCGCUCCUUGCAGCCCAUGACAAUCUGCAUCCAGCGACGCUCUGGCUGCCGGGCAGCACUGAUCCUAUGGCCUCUGCGUCCAAUCCGCUCAGGUGUCAGAUCCGCUAAGGUGUCCUGAGCCUUUAAUCUCAGCCCGGCUGGUUAAUUCCCUUCCCACAGGUUCCCACCCCUCACCUCUUUGAGGUGACUGGCAGCCAUCAAAGCAUGCUUUGGGGCAAGCUGAGCGAAUCCCUGACUUCACGGCCUCAGUGCCAGCCUUGCAGAGCCCUCCCCUCAUGCCUGGCUGGGUCCAGUGCCCCCCCCUUACACCUAGAAAUUUCUUGCACCCACUUUAUUCCCACACACAAACCAGGAGCCAAAAUGAGUAUCUAUUUUCUUUUUAAACACAGCUGUUUACAGCAAUGAUAAAACUUCUCCCACACACCGAGAACCCCGUAACUCUCCCCUAAAAGGAAAGAUUUAGGGUCCUGGCCCUCCACAUUCUUUGAUGCUGCAGAAAAGGAGAGGGGACAGAGCGGAUGGGUAAGGGGUUACUCUUGUCCCUGAGAAGGCAGAGGGGCCAGCCUGCCUUUCCCCAGGCAUGGAUGCCUUGGCACAUCCCUUAUUCCUGCACCAACAGCAGACCCAGGAGAGAAAAACCCUGUGGUGAAAUCGGUGUCCUCCCUUCUUGGUCAGCCCCUCCUGCCUCUACCUACAUAGGGAGGAGGUUCAAAUAUUGCUGAUGGCGCUGCUCGAGGGCCACAGAAGCUGGCAUGGAGGGACAGGGAGGCACAGGUGAACAAAAGGAGUUGAUAAUAAGUCAAAUAGCAAAUGAACAAAUCAAUAAAUAACUGAAUAAAUAAGAUGAAAAGAAA